AUGCAGCCCGAGGGCGACAACAAGAAGCGAAAAUCCUCGAAGGCAGCAGUCGAGUCGUCCGCCGCCGUCAUCUCAAAGAAGAGCAAAGCCACGAAGACCACGACGACAAACACAAGCGCAAGUUUGAGCGCUAAUUUCAAUGGCCCGACGACAUCUCUGCCUCCCUCGCACGAAGCCCUCCUCGCGGACCUCAGAUCGAAAUACGACGUCCUCCCCGCCUUCACCAUCUCCUCCACCAAGAUCCAGAAGCGCGUGACCUGGCUGCUGCAGCACCUGCGCAAAGACGACGGCGAUCCGAGGAAGCGCGCCGUGCUCGUCUACGCGCGGCCGGGCGAGGUCGCCAAGAUGAUUUCGAUUGUGGAGACUGUGAAACGCAUCAUUGCGGCGGAGAAGAAAAGCGUGGAGGCACAGGGGGGUGAAGAGAGCGGCAAGUGGUAUCAGUACAAUCUCAUGUACGAGCUGCCGCCAAAACCCGACGUCGUGGAAGAGACGGUACUAGGCGGCAGCGGCGGGGGAACGAGGGAUGGUUCGGGUGACGAUGAAGAAGAAGAAGAAGAAGACGAUUUCGAGGUUAUGGAGAGCCGGUUCGAGAGAGCUGUGCUGCCGCAGCCGGUGAAGCGUGCGGCCAAGUCGCUGAGCAUAUUCCUUUCGUUGGCGCCCGUACCGGAACUCAAGGCCCGAGACGACGUUACGACGCAGACGAACGCGGCGCAAUGA